CUGUGUUGAGGAAGCGCUUCUGGUAACUAAGACCGGCAAACAUGGCGGCGGAGGGUGAGCAACGUGCUGCUAGUGAAGUGUCUCAGGCCGUGGCCCGGCACCUGAACUGCCUGAACGAUGACAAUAAGAGCACCAGGAAGAGAGCCCUGGCCGCCAUCCAGAAGGAAGCCGAAGACAAGAGGCUGUCCAGCGCGGCGCUGCAAGAAGUGUUCGGGGAGCUGCUGAAACCUCUGCUCAAGUGCCUUUCAGACCCCAUGGAAAGGUGCAGAGAGCUGGCCAUCCAGAUCAUCACCUACUGUGUCACUAAUGUGCCCAGGCCCGAGGAGGCUCUGCCCUACCUGAUACCAAGCAUCACCCAGCGCCUGGGCAAUCAGGAGAUCACAGAGCCCUCCGAGGAGCUCAGGCUGGCCCUAACCGAGCUACUCACUCUCCUGGUGGAGGUCUGUGGGAAAAAACUGAAACCUUACCUGGAUGAGAUGUUUAGGAUAUUACAGAGGACUACUAUAGACCCAUUCCCUGAUGUGAAGAAGGAGAGCUGCAAGUGUGCUGCCAACUAUGCCAAGAGUAUACCAGAACAUUUCCACAUGCAGUCCGAAUCGCUCAUCAAGCCUCUUAUGCAGACAGUAUCGCACCAGCAUUCGAAGGUGCGCAUAGCUGUCAUCCAGACAACAGGAGCAGUGAUACAGUAUGGUAAUGGGAAGUCAGUGGACGAUGUUCUUUCUCAUUUGGCACAGAGACUUUUUGAUGAUUCACCACAGGUUCGGCACGCAGUAACUACUGUUGUUGGAAAUUGGCUUUUGGAGCUCAGAGACAGAUAUUCUUACUUUCACAAACUGAUACCUCUCCUACUGAGCAGCUGCGGUGAUGAGAUUCCUGACAUCAGACAGAUUGCUCUUGAUUAUUGGAAGAAAAUUGGCUUGCAGUGGGAAAGGGAGAAUGAAGAGGAUCUGAAAGAUAAGAUGGACUUCAGUGAUCCCCACCCUUCUUUCUAUCCAGCAGGAGUGGAAAGACCUGGGCUGGGUUGUCGUGAGCUCAUCUUUAGAAACCUGUCUAAAAUUCUUCCAGCCGUCAGCCACGAUAUAACAGACUGGGUAGCAGGAAACCGAAUUAAGGCCGCUCAGCUACUUGUAGUCUUGUUGUUGCAUGCAGAAGAUCACACCACUCAGCAUAUGGAGCUGGUUCUCAGUACUCUGUAUCGAUCGUGUCUGGAUGAGGAGGAGAAAGUAGUGCACAAUAGUAUUAAAGCAGCGGAGUUAAUUGGGACCUUUGUGAACCCCGAAGUGUUACUCAAGCUGAUCUUGCCAGCGCUGCAGAGGUCUCCCCUAGCCUCACACCUAAUGAUUCUGGCAGCAUUCAUUAGAGGGAGUUCCAAAGAGGUGCUGAAACCCCAUUUACAUCGUAUCGCUGAUGCCAUCUCCAAGACUGACAUCUGCCAGGGCUCAGAAAAGGUGCUGUACCUGGAGCAGUUGCUGUGCUGCCUACAAUCCUUGAUUAGCAUAUGCCAGCAGGACUGUGCAGACAUCAGCCUGCAUUGCAUGAAAGUGCUGAUAACAAUAUCGGCCAGCCCGGCCUCUGAAAACCUCUAUGAAAAGGUUCAAGGUGUGAUGAUGUCACUGGCCCAGAUACAGGGAUUGAAUGGUCCCCUGGACCUGUACAAACAGCACAUGCAGCAGCUGAUGCAGUGGGCUUCAGAAAGUCAUGACCAUUGGACCAGUUUUUGCAUGGAGAGGGCCCAGUAUGAAGUCCUUGUAUCGGAGUCUGGUCCGGUCAUCGGAGAGAAUCUAGAUCAGUUAAUGCCGGUUUUGAAGACCUGCCUUCAACCAACCAAAGAUCCUCAGAUGCGCCUGAAAGUGUUCACCAUGUUGUCCAAACUUCUCCUGAAACCCAGUGAAACUGUCAACUCAGAAGGGCAGUUCCAUGUGCAUUCAGAAACCCUCAUAAAGGACAUUUUGGCUCCCAACUUGAAAUGGCAGGCGGGAAGGACAGCAGCAGCCAUCCGGACCAUAGCCGUGUCCUGCCUCUGGGUCCUCGUUCACAGUGAAGUUCUUUUGCAGCAAGAGAUCCGUCACAUACAGGACAUUCUGAUGCCCACAUUGCUCACCACUCUAGAAGAGGACUCGAAGACGAGCCGUUUGAUGUCCUGUCGUAUUAUCAAGGCUCUCCUAGGGGCCUGCGAACACCAUUUAGAUCCAGACAGACUGAACAAGAUCUACCUUGAGGUAUUAAAGCGACUUGACGAUGCUUCAGAUGAAGUCCGAAUCACAGCUGCUAAAACACUUAGUGUGUGGUUUAAAUGUAUUGACGACCGGUAUGACAGGACUACCUAUAAGGCCCACCUGGAAUUCUUAUACCGAGGUCUCCUUGUGUACCUUGAUGACUCUGAUGCAAACCUGCAGUCUACAGUACUAGAUGUCCUAAAAGAGGCCAGCAUUGUGUAUCCCUCAUUGUUAGUGUGGGAAAUCGAAGCCGUGAAACAUAAACAUAGGACCCCUGCAUAUUGUGAUCAGUUGCUUCAGCACAUUCAGUUGAACCAAGACAGUGAUCGAACAGAAUCAACAUAGACACCGUCGCCUGACUCAUCAUGUGUGUACCUGACCU